AUGGAGCCGGGGCUGGAGCGCUGGGCGCACGGCGCGCUGUGGGCGGCUCUGGCCGGCAGCCUGGCGCUGCGGGCGGCGCGGCGGGCGCCGGGGCCGGGCCGGGGGCUGGGGCCGCCGCUGGGCCGGGGGCUGGUGCUGCCGCUGGCGCUGCUGGCCGCGCUGCAGAGCCUGUGCCGCGCCUGGCUGCCGCUGCCCCUGGGGCUGGCCCUGGCCGCCGCCGCCGCCGGGCUGCUGCUGUGGCGGGCGGCGCCCCGCGGGCUGCUGCCGGUGGCGGGCAGAGCCGUCCUUGUCACAGGAUGUGACUCAGGCUUUGGGCAGGCAACAGCCAGGCACUUGGACAUCAUGGGCUUUCGGGUGUUUGCCAGUGUGCUGGACCUGCAGAGUCCUGGUGCCCAGGAGCUGCGCCAGAGCUGCUCAUCGAGGCUGACACUGCUGCAGAUGGACCUGACCAAGACAGAGGACAUCCAGCGCGUCCUGCAGCAUAUCCAGGCCCACACCAACAGCACAGGACUCUGGGGCCUGGUGAACAACGCUGGGUUCAAUGACACCAUCGCUGACGCUGAGCUCUCGCCGCUGGGCAAGUUCCGCACCUGCAUGGAGGUGAACUUCUUUGGCUCCCUGGAGCUCACCAAGGGGCUGCUGCCCCUGCUCCGCUCUGCUGGUGGCCGCAUUGUCACCGUGAGCAGCCCUGCAGGUGACAUGCCCUUCCCCUGCCUGGCAGCCUAUGGGGCUUCAAAGGCAGCCCUCAGCCUGGUCAUGGACACCUUCCGCAGUGAGCUCCAGCCCUGGGGCAUCAAAGUCAGCCUCAUCCUGCCUGGCUACUACAAAACAGGGACGACGUGUGACCCUGCCUUCUGGAACCUGCACAAGCAGCAGCUGUUGGCCAGCCUGCCCCAGGAGUUGCUGCAGGCCUAUGGCGAGGAGUAUGUGGAAGAGAUCAACCAGCAGUUCAUCCAGUUCAUGAAGGUGGCAGUGGAGGACCUCAGUGCGGUGGUGAACAGCAUCACAGAGGGGCUUCUGGCUGCCAACCCAGCCGUGCGCUACUACCCAGGGCAGGGCCUUGGGAUCAUGUAUUUCAUACACCGCUACCUGCCCUACUUUGUCCGAGACUUGUUCUUGAAAGGAUUCUUCAUCAACCCCAAGCUGCCCCGAGCCCUGCAGCGAGAGCACCACAAGGAUGUGAAGAAGGCCUGACCUGGGCCUGCACAGGGCCUUUCCAGGCACACCGGCCCCUGAGCGCGUGCAGAGCCAAAGGCACCGCCCUCCUGCACCGUGGGGGAACAAUCAGCACUAGACGUUAAAAACCAAAUUUCUUUCCAAAAUCAGGUAGAUCUAUUUUCUAUUGUGCAAGAAUCAACAUUUUCUAGAGACCUUGGUUUUGUAUUUUUUCUAACCAUGCACCGUCCAAGAGGCCCAUCCCUGCCUGACUCAGCAGCUCUGCACAACAGGCUGGGAUGUACCUCCUCAG